AUGCUGUAUGGUAUUUCAAGGAAAUUGGUCUUAGUGUUUUUUGUUUUUACGGAAUUUGUUGUACAUGUCUUAAAUCUAACGGUUAGUCAUAAUGCAUCGAUCCCGGCUACAACUGAAUCAAAGAAUUUGCGUGUGCUCUACCGUUUUUACAAGCCUGAUAAUCUUGAUUUUGUGUAUGUCGCAAGUGUGAAUUCAAUUAGACAAUUUAGUGUCGAUAAACUACAGCUUGUUGCAGAACGUAUUACUGGUCCACAUAACUUCUCCAUCUAUUGUCUAUCGAAUGGUGAUAGCUGUGAAAAGUGUAUGCAUAUAGAUCGGUCAUCGUUUCCCUUCGGUUAUGGUGCUGAUUUCUGUCUCCCCCAUCCAACUAACAAUUAUGUCAAAGCAUGGGGUACUUCAGGUUUUCCAAGCCCUGAAAUACAUAGUUUCAACUACUCUGAGUGGGAUCAGGAAUCUCAUUUCGUAAAUGAUGACAGAAUAACCUUCGAAGAUGGCUUAUAUGUAUGCAAUACUGUCUUUCAUGGAUACUGUGAAAGGCUAGGUUUGAUAAAUGUCAGUCAAGAAUCCCCAUGGUCAAUCGGUACAAGAAAUCCACUGGUAGACAAGAAAAGUAAAAACCCACAAGAAAUACCAGUUGUUGGAUCUCUUCCCUAUACACAUUCUGUCCUAGUUGUUGGUUCAGAAUAUAUUUAUGUGGGCACAGAGCCUGAUGGACUCCAAGAACACACGCUCAUUACAUUUGAUCCACUAACUGUGCGACUAAAAAACUUUCACUUAUGUAGUACUCAACCUAGCUUUGAAAGCAGAGCCCAGUUGUCAACAAAUCCGAGCUUACGGAUACAAUACAAAUCUGCUUUCCGAUACAGAUCAAUGCCAACUAAUUUGGAGUCCCAAGAUCAACUGUUUAGACCUGCUUAUGUAUAUUUCGUUCUUCAGCAGCCUGAAAGUUCACCUUUUUUCCGGUGGCAAUCACGAAUAGCUCGAGUGUGUGACGGAGAUAAGUUUAUUUCCUCUUACGUUGAGCUGAAUAUAGCAUGUUUUGAGUGUAUAUUUGAAGAUGAUGAAAAAAUGUUUAACGCAUUACAUUUCUCUUCACGUGGUACUGUUGGGAAGCAGUUAGCUAGAGAAUUAUUAGAAAACUUUCAGUCCCAGUAUGAUGAUAAUUUGUAUUCUAGAAUUGAUAUAACUACUAAUGAUCAUUCAGAAGUUCUUAUUGUAGCGUUUGCUUCACAACCUAUUGACCCUUUAUAUUACUGGUCUACACGCAAUGUUAGUCCAGAUAUUGAUUUGCCGAAUGUUCAAUACAAUCCUGAUUCAUCAUAUCGACAUGGAUCAAUUUUGUUGCCUGGUUCUGCUAUCUCCUUAUUUUCUAUGACACAGAUUAAUGCCAAAUUUGAUCGUGUCGUUAUGAAUUGUUUGGACGGCAUUGGAAUGCAUGGACCGUCACAUUUUCUACAUUCUGGAAGUAGCGGAAAUUCUAGAUGUGUUAAAGAUGAUUAUUCUAGGAAUUUGAUCCAUGAUUGUCCUAGUAGUCGUCAACUCAAUCAGUUUAUUACAGGGAAUGAUCCAGACGAUGAUAUCUAUUCUCCAGCAUUGUUGUACUUCAAAUCUAAUGUUACUGGUAUGGCAAUAACCGCUGUAUCACAGGAAUUCACAGUUGCAAUAUUUACAACAGAUGAUGGCUAUCUAUACAAGUAUGAGCUUCUUGGUCUUCGCAAAGUACAUCUUUUAGGAUCUUUACAACUGGUUACAAAUGGCCAACCAAUAACAAGCCUAGCAUUGGACCACACUGGGACAAUAGCUUUUGCGACAUCAUUUCAAAAGGUUUUUCGCAUUGAGUUAUUCAACUGUUCAGCGUACUUAACAUGUCAGUCAUGUUUAAAGGCUCGUGAUCCUUAUUGUGGUUGGUGUAUAGCAGAAGGUCGUUGUUUACUGUUUCACCAAUGUCCUUUAGCAAUGUCUCGUGUAAAAACACUUAAUGAUCUCAAAAAGAAACGAUCUCCAAACAGGUAUGCUGGUAGCGAAUAUUCCGCAUUGGAUCGAGUUUAUUGGUUACACUAUAAUACCUCUACCAAUAAAUGCCCAGUAAUUAGACAAGUUAGUCCGCCUGGUAUUCAAAUAAGUAUAACCCCAACGGUUACUUAUGCAAAGGAGAACAGUCAAUAUUAUCAGCAAAACAUAAUUCUGAGCUUGGAUUCAUUUCUUUCACAGAACCUCCCUAAUUCUGACUUUCCAGAAGAAUCUCUUUCCAGAAAUCAACCUCAUCAAAUAAAUUCCUUUGACGAUUUCGGGAAUUCCCAUCAUCCAUCAUUGGAUAAAAGUAGUAUUGCUACGAGCUCUCAGCUGUUUUGCAGUUUUCGAGAAGCACCAACAUCAGUUCUUCAAAUGGAAUCCUUGAUCUCUGGAACUAUUUCUAAUUUUGAUUUAAAUAAAAUUUUGUUGAAUGUUACACGUACACCACUUCUCACUAGAACUGUUGCCAAGUUGUUUUACUCGUCUGGAAAACCUAUAGAAGCUCACUGCUUGUCUCCAGCCACAACACGAUUACCUCAACUUAAGGAUGAUAAAGCUUCUGUACCUUUGUUAUUAUGGUUAGAAAAAGUAAGAACAACUGAUGUAGAUCCUGAUAAUGUUGGUGCACUUGCACCUGCUUUAUUUGCUAUUUAUAAUUGUUCUCAACUUAAAGAUUGUCAGUCUUGUACACGAAGUCGUUUUGUAUGCGCUUGGUGUUUAUUUGAAGAUCAAUGUGUCUCCGUUUUUCCAACAUUAUCACCAGAUGGACAAAUAACAAAUAGUGUGUGUAAAGAUUCUUCUCAUCUUUACUCUAAAUCUUAUGAACAAAUUAAUCCUCCAUUUGGUAUUAUUCCUCCUGGUCAUGCUGACGACUGUCCAAGUUUCAAGGGAUCUCCCCAAAGAAUCACAUUGACUAGUGGUUCAUCGCUUACUGUUAACUUCUAUGUUUCGAAUGUUCAGAAACAACAAAUUGUUGGAUUUAGUUGCUCAGAAAACUGUACAAAUCAACACGUUCGUGCUUCAUUUAAUCCAUCUAAUUCAACCGUGUUCUGUCAUAUAGAAGUGAUGAAUCUGACCGAACACUUAAGUACUCGUCUGCUAAGUAACAAUGAUAUUCAACGAUCACAUGAUACAGCUGUAAUUUGUGGCUUAGAUCUUUAUUGGCACGGAUUGAACAGUCGUGAUGCAAAAGGCCAUCGUAUGGUUAACGAAGAUCAAGUUCAAGUGGAGGUUUAUGCAUGCGAAUGGUUGGCCGAAUACUGUGAUGAAUGUUUAGAUCUUCCUCCCCGAUUUGGUUGUGGCUGGUGUGUUUAUGCUCAGGAAAAUAUCCAUAAUAAUGACUAUGAGAAUAAAAGCAUACUAAAUGAAGGCAAAUGUCGUACUCAGAAUUCAUGCGUUACACGUAAAUAUUUUAAUGGUUCUGCAGCUGUACGUCAGCAUUCUUUUCGUCCGGGCGAUGUCUGCCCAGAUCCUGAAAUCCUAACUCUUUCCCCAACUAAUGCCACUUUGACAGGACAACCGAUACUUACUAUUACUGGUAGAAAUCUGGGUCGUAGUGUAUCUGAUAUAGUAGAUGUCUUUUUGGAUCUUCAAUCGAAAAUUCAAUGUAUUGUUUUAUCGGAAACAUAUCAACGUUCACAUAAAUUUAUGUGUAAGCUUGUUACAGCACCUCAUUUAUCACUUCCUGUUUCUGGCAAAUUAAAGGUUGUGAUAAGCAAUAAACGAUAUGAAGCAUUUUCACCUGUUUUUCACUUCGCUGUUCCUCAUUUAAUACAUGCCACACCUCACCGUGGACCUAAAGCAGGUGGAACACGAUUAUAUUUAUCAGGUACUAACCUAAACAUUGGGAGGCAACGCGCUGUUUAUUUAUAUCUCCCAACAAUCAGUGGGACAAGUGAUGAAUCUUAUCAAGAUAGGUUUUCAGAAUCUGAUGUUCAUGUGAAAUGUGAAAUUGAACAAGAAUCUGAAACAUUAAUUGUUUGUUUAACUACUCCAUUACUUAAAGAAACAAUGAAUACAAUGAGAAAUAAAAAACAAUUUAAACGGCAUUCAUCAUUUGUAAACUCUUACUAUGAUGACAAUAAUAAGACAUCAAUAACACCAGAAACAACAACGAUAAUAGAAGAUGAACAUCAUAUAUCAUUAUCAUUAGUUAUAAUGCAUGAUAUGACUUUAACUUAUCUAUCACAUUCAUUUUCAUUUAUCUAUACACCGAAUCCAUCUAUAAUGGAAGUUCAACGACAAAGCGUUUUGGUUGGAGGUGGAACUACCGUACGAGUUCUUGGAUCUUUUUUAUUUGUAGUUCAAGACCCUAGAUUAGUCUUUUAUUUCAAUGGUUCCGAGUAUAGUAUGAGUUGCCUUGUUUCUUCAAAUGGACAAUUAGAUUGUUUCAGUCCUUCUCUUGGGAUGUUUCAAGAUACUCAUUCGGUCAAGGAUAUGAAUGAUAAACACAUAUAUACAAGUGAAAAACUUGAUAAUCUCUCUAGUACUAGUGUUUGGACAAAUAGUAAACAAUAUAUUACAUCUCGUUUGCCGAUUUCUCAACCACUGGUGUUGUCUCAAUUGAAAUCAAACCGCGAGUUUUAUAAUUCUGCCUUUACAUCUAAUCCACCUAAUUGGCCAAUUGAUGUACCAUAUGGUUUUAUUAUGGAUGGUGUACAUCAACUUCGCAUAUUUGGUCUCAUUAAAGUGUAUCAAGAUCCUAUUGUAAUUCCAUUUCCUGAUGGUAUUCGUGUGGAAAAUCUUGAUGAUUAUCUAACAAAUGAUUUAAUAAACGAUCAGCAUAUUGAACUUAAUACUUAUCAACGUCAAAUAUCUAACCAAUCAUUGGAACUUUCAUCUCAAUCAAUUUCAUUGACAAAUACCCAUACAUUAUUCAAUCACAUAGAUUAUUCAAAUGUUAGACAAUUAAUUCGAAUUCAUGGCCAUUUUGAUGCUCUUAUCAAUGCUCCAGAACUAGCUAAAUCUGAUGAAUUAGUUGUAAGAAUAGGCGAUUCAUUAAUUUGUGAAGUUAAUUCCAUUAUAUUGACAGAAAUACGUUGUGAUUUAGAUAGAAAAAUGAUUCAUAAACAUCAAGAUUAUCCUGUUGAAGUUCAAUUUGGACGUUUUCUUAUUUAUCGUCCUGGUUCUGUUCGUUUUGUUGCUUUACGUCAAGCAGCGUUACGCAGUCAAAUUAUUAUGAUAUUUAUUGGUCUUCUUCUAAUUUUAAUUUUUGUUUGUCUGAUUGGAUUUAUAAUUUGGCGACGUUUUAUGCAACAUCAAAGAAAUUAUCAAGCUAAACUUGAUGAAAAAUACGCUGAACAUGAAAAUCGUGUUGUUCGUAUAUUUAAAGAAGAUUUCAUGGAAUUACAAACAAGUAUGCAAGAAUUUUCUCAAGAAGUGAAAAAGCAUAAUCUCCCUUAUCGAGAUUAUAAAACAUUCUGUCUGUUUUCGUUAUUUCCUGAAUAUCAUUGUGAAUUAAUGAAUCCAAUCGAUCCACAUUUAUCGGCUCCAUUAUUAAUUAAAACUGAUAUAACAAUUGAACCACUGAAUAGUGCAAUUGUACCAAGACAUCCAUUGUUGUCACCUUUCACAGUGCAUGUUCGAGCGCAUGAUGAUGCAACCAAAGGAAUCUCGUUAUUUCACGCACUCUUGUGCAAUCGUCACUUUUUAUACCUUUUAAUUCAUUUGAUUGAAGAAGAUAAAUAUAUAAUGGCUAAAGAUAAAUCUCGUAUUGCUUCUCUACUCUGUGCAGCUUUGCAACCGAAAAUGGAUUAUUUGACAAGUGUUAUGUUUGAUUUAAUGACCGAUCUUUUGUACCAACUUCGUCUUCAAGGAGAUGCUCGUUUAGCUACUGCUUUUCGACGAGCUGAAACAAUUGUCGAUAAAAUCCUAUCUAACUGGUUAACAUUCCUAUUGUAUAAGUUUAUUAAAAAUAGCGUCGGUGAAAAUUUAUUUUAUUUUUACCGAGCUCUUCUACAACAAAUAAAUAUGGGUCCACGUGAUGCUAUAACUGGGAAAGCUAGAUAUACAUUAGACAGUUCUUCAUUACUUCAAACAGAAAUGACUGGAAAGCAGAUUACACUCUGUGUUGAAGAUCCUCAGCAAUUAUUUGGUUUAUCUACUUCAUAUAUUUCUGUAAAAGUGCUUGAUUGUGAUACAAUAACUCAGGCCAAGGAGAAAAUUUUAGAUGGAAUCUAUAAAAAUAAGCCAUAUUCAAAACAAAUUAAAUCUACACAAUUAGAUUUAAAGAGAUUAGAUGAACAACGAGUUAUCGCACAAAACCCUGAAAAUGAAUUAUUUACUGGUCAAACUUUAACGGAUUGGGACGUAAAGAUUCGUUCGAAUUCAUCAAAUUCCACUGAUCAUGACAAGUUACCAUUCCGAUUGAACUGUAUUGCAGAUUAUCAUCUCAAAGACAAUGCACAUGUUGCACUGGUUACUUGCGAAUUUACUAAAUCCAAUCAUAGUCAAUCCAUAUCGAAUGCAUUACAAUCUAAUGCUUUUCAACCUCAAUCAACAGUAGCUCAAAAUUCAUGCUUUUCCGUGGAUGAAUUUGUCCAUAUACCUCCUAUGUCUCGUCCGUUACCACCAAUCUCUCCUACUGGUACUACAAAGUCAGUCAAAAAUAAUACUGACCAGCUAAUAAGUAUCACAAACCCUUUACUUAAUGCUCAUAUCAGCAGUGAUCAAUUAUAUUUGUCGAAAUUUUCUACUCCAUCUGAUGAACCUUUUUGUUUUCGUCCAGUCGGAACUCCUGAUCCUAAACUUUGGUAUCAUAUAGAGUGGACAGGCGACCAUAAUGACAAUAUCAUGAAUCCUAGUGGAACCAUCAAGAAAUCCAUUAAACGUCUAGAUAAAAGAUCUGAUAAAUUAGAGCGUUUGUUAUGCACAUGCAUUCAUAAAGUUGACGAUUCCCAUGCAAAUAAUUCUUUCGGUAAUAAAGGCGAUAUUUCUACACGUGAUUUAAAUCAAAAUGAAGUGACCAAAAUGUGUUCAGAAUGUACAACACGUCACCCUCUUUUAUCACCUUCUGAGGUAAAUUCUUUAAAGAACCAUGCUACGUUACUAUCGGUCAAUAAAUCAAAACGCUUUAAAAAGGGGAAGAAACAUCAUCACAAUCGCCUGAAUUAUAGGAGGGAUACAUCAGAACUUUCAGUUUUCAAAAGUGAAAAAAAAGCCUUAAUGCCAUCUGAAACUUCGAGAAGUUUGGAUCAUCUUAUGGAAACGUUACCAAAAGAAGUGUUCUUUAAUCGUCUUUUGUUAACACGCUUAUCUGUCACAAAAUAUAUGGAUAAAUUAUUCGAAGUCAUGUUCAGCAGCGUUGUACAGUCGCAUAGUUUACCAGCUCCAAUUAAAUAUCUUUUUGAUUUUUUGGAUGAUAAAGCAAUUAAACUAGGCGUACACGAUUCGAAAAUAAUUCAUGCUUGGAAAUCUAACUGUAUACAAAUGCGUUUCUGGAAUCAAUUCAUUACCAAUUUGGAUUAUAUAUUUGAUGUUCCCUUAUUACGUAAUACUGCAUUAGAACGUUCGUUUCAUGCAUUCAGUCAUGCUAUGACCUAUGCAUGUGCACCAAAUAAAGAAAAAAUAACUAAGGAUUCGUCUUGUGUAAAACUGCUUUUUGCUCCAGAUAUUUCUGUAAGUCUAAAAUAAAUUUUAUGAUUUGUACGCGAAAAAAUGAGACAAGCUUUUUAAGUAUAAAUAUUGCACGUCUUAUAUAAGUAUGACCUUCUUUUUGCUAUGACAUUAAUGUUCAUUGAUAACUCUAGCUUUUUCAUUUAUAAGUCAUUCUUUUGAUCAGCAACAUGAUAAUUAAUUUCUGGAUGUGAUGUGUUACAAAACUGAACCCUAUAUAAGUAGGAAAAGCAUGAGAUUGAAUUAGCAGAUUUUUGUGGCUGGACACUACCCCAAGGCGUUGCACACUGUCGCCAAAAUUCUACCUGGUCCUCCAUGGUUCUUUGGUGCAAAUCAUUGCUUGAUGAAACAACCCGUUUCUAAAAGGCUUAAUGUUUCAAGUUUUGUAUUUGAUAUUUUUCACUGCUUCUGUUAAUAGUUAUGGUUUUGUGAACGUACUUUUAUUCAUGAGUUUGUUAUUAGUCCCACACAACAUACAAGUAAAUAUUUAAUUCACUGAAAAAGAAAUCCGUUUGUAAUAAUGUUUAAUUAAUGUGUUAAAAUUAAAUUAUAGGGGUAAAUAUUGAAGAAAAUGUGGAAAGGUGAGAUAAUGAAGUGUAAAUUAUGGCGAUAAAACUUCGUUCUCAAUUUGCUUACAAUCUUCCUUAAAUCUUUAAAUGAAUCUAUCAGAAGAAAUAUAAACAGACUGUACAAAACGUAGAUGAAAAUCUCUUGAUAGUCUGCGAUUAUAGGCUCUUCUGUUUUAUACGUUCAAUAUAUGUAACACAAUUUUAGUAUUUUUAUACUAAAACACAAACUUUACUCAUUACAAAACUUGAAAAACUCUCACUGUAAUUAACAAAAUUGUGCAAGUUAAUAAUUCAGUACAUAAUGUUUUAUUUGCCUGUUAAUACAUCAGAUUACAAUGAAUUAGUUGAUUAAUAUUAAAUUGGGAAGCUUGUUUUGUGUACCUGUUGACUGACUAACCUUAAUUUAUUAUGGAUAUAUCUGUAAGGAGUCUCUUAAAGCAACAAUGGGAUAGAGUGCAUAAUUACUAUCGUGAAAUUAAAGCUUUACCUACAGUUGAACAAGAAACAAUGAAUAAUCUGCUACGACAACAUUCUCAGAAUCAUUCUACAGAUUUCAAUGUUUCUUGGGCAGUUUUUGAAUUGUAUACAAAAUAUGUUAGAAAUUAUCAAGAUGUGCUCAUAGCUCAUUUACAACAAGAUGCCGUCACUCGAUCAUACAGUAAUUAUAAAAUUUCAGAGCAAAACCCUUUUGAAAAAUCUUUUAUGUCUACAAAUACAGAAUGGAAUCCUGUGCAAAUUAUUCAAAUCCUUAUUGAAAUUAAACGAUGUUUAGAUAAUGUACAAACUAUUCAAACAUCAAGCAAUGAUAAAUAUCAUCAUUAUUAUCAUCAAAAUACAAUGCAUCCAAAUUUUAAUUCAUUUUUACCAAGUUCUACAAUAGUUGGUGAUAUUUCUGUUCCAUAUGGUUCAACAAAUGCAAUUUUCCGCCCUUCUGGUGCUACUACCACUACUACUACUAAUGUUGAUGUUGGUAAUUUUUCUCAACUUUCUUCUGCUCCAAGUCAAACUGCAACUGAUUGUUUAGAUACACUUCGUUCAUAUAACACAUUAACUACAGAAUUUGCUGGUGAUGAAACUAGUCGAUCUGCGCAUCAUUAUUAUUAUCAUCAUCAUUAUUAUCAUUAUCAUCCGAAUGAUGCACAAAUUAAUGAUAAUAAUAAUAAUAAUAAUAAUAAUAACACAUCACCGAAUAAACCGGCUGAUUUAUCUGCUCAUUCAACAGCUAUCAGUACAAAUGAUAUAUAUGCAGACAGUAUUUCUAAAUAUAAAGAUCCAUUAACCUAAAGAAAAAUAUCUUUCUACACAUAUACACUAGGUAAAAUUGGUUUUAAACUCCACUACUUUAUUAAUCUGUUUAUAAUAAUUUGUAGGUAAUGUUUUAUAGUCUUUUUUUUCUAAUGGAACAUAAAUCCAUUAUUAUCAUUCAAUGAAAUAGAAUUCAGUUUGUUCAUAAACUCGUUUGUUGGUUGAUUUGGAUUAAAUCAGAAUGUUUUGUUAUGAAUUUAUUUUCCUCCUUCUACACAAUCCGAUUAUUAUUAUUAUUAUUACUAUUCAUUUUUAUUUUACUUUAGGCCAUUCUGACUUGUACUGUUCCAUUGUUUAACACUAUCCAUAAAUUGUGCAAGAGUUAAUUAUUUCAGGCAAAUCACUUAACAAUUACAUUCAUUUGUACACUUUAACCAGUUAUAGUUAUUUUCUGUGUAUAGAUUUCAUUACUGCCUUGUUUUGUUCUGCUUUAUGUUAAGAGUUAUUUUCAUUUAGAAUCAAUAAAUAAAAGAUGGAUAAAUUUUGUACUAUGAUGCAUUUAUUCUUGUUUAGAACUUAUAGUCUCUUAAUUCCUUGGAUUGUAGUAUAUUAGACAGGUUGUUUUUCUUCAUAGACUUAUAUAUAUAAUUUACUCUUGUAUUCCUUUUCCCUACUUGUUUUCUGAUAUAUGUAUGCGUACUUACUAUCAGCGUGUUAUUGUUGCCGGUGAUGAUUUGUAUUUGUUUAUUUUCGUUUUCUUAGUUCUCAUGUUUUCCUCCAUUUGUGUCGUUUUAUUAUCUAAGAUAUACCCUUUUUUAUUUGGAUUCGUUUAUUUAUUUACUGUUUCUUGUGAAUAAAUAGCUGCUGUUAAUGUAUUCUCGCACCAUCCCCGCGCUACAAAGUUUACAUUUCGUAAAAAUCUGGGUUGGUUUGCUUCAAAAAAUGUAGUCUCGAUUUUCUUCUACACUGUUUUUCCUUUUUUGGUGAUAAACUGUUUUAAUGAUGAAAAUUCCCCCAGGUUCUUCUUUCUUAUUUUCUUAUCCAUUACUCCUUACUGUUACCAAGAUAAAAAUUUUCCAACUGAAUUUGAAAUCGUGUUAUGGUUUUAAUAUUAUUAUUACCCACUGAAUUGCCCUUUUAUUUAAUCCUGAAUUAAAAUAUGGCUUACAAUUAUGAACUUACAUAUGAUACUAAAUAGAAAUGUGUUGUCUAACUUUUUUCGUUUGUUAAAACGUGCCUUUGGGAAUGUUUAUUAAACUGUUGUGUCUAUUCUCCUUGGCUAGUAUUAAUUACAAUUAGUUUGCAUGAAUCCUAUAAUGACUAGUUAUUUACAAACAUUACUACAAAAUUUCUAAAAGUGUUGAUUAUAGUUGACCAUAUAUAAACUUAUCUAACUGAUUACUUAACUACUGCUGAUUGUACCAUUGACUUAGAGCUAUCACACGUAUAUAGUAUGGCGACUGAAAAUAUUACGGGAAUAUUCAAACUCAAAUAUAUACAGAUCCCACUGCAUAAUUGUUAAGUUUCAAUUCUACUAUUUAAAUCUAAAUCUAACUAGAAUAUUACCCAUUUUGUUGGAAUAUAUUAUGAUGAAUUUAGCUCAGACGCUUAAAACUUUGGCGUGGAAAGUAAAGGUAAUAAUAGCAUAGUGAU